AUGUGCACCCUCGUAGCGGUCUUUCUCGUCGCUGCCCUCUCGGUAGCCGCUGCGGCUCCAUCGGCGCUCCUGGCACCCGGAGCUGCUCUGGCCGGCCCUCUGCUAGGUCCUGCUGCCCUCAGCGGACCGAUCGUGGGACCUGCGGCCCUUGCUGGACCGGUGGCUGGACCUGCUCGCCUGUCGGGUGCUGUUGACGGCGGUGCCGUGGUGACCGGAGCAGUCGCUGGUCCCUCGCUAGUUUCCGGCAGCGUUGCUGGUCACGCUGCUGCACCCUGGCCAGCUCUUGCUGGUCACGCUGCUGCACCCUGGCCAGCUCUUGCUGCUCCUUGGGGUGCACCAUGGGGAGCGGUGUUGGCUGGACCUGCAGCUGCUCCAGCUGCUCUCGCUGGCCCCAUCACAGCUCCGGCACUGAUCGCAGGACCAUCCGGUAGCAUAGCUGCUGGACCAGCCGGUGUUGGAAGCAUCCUUCGUGCCGAUGGACAC